GCCAAAAAUAGAUAACAGUCAAAAGACAAACAUUGCACCUGGCCCAAGCCCAAAUACCAUUCCCUACGAGGUGUAGUAUAUAGCAUGUAUGCCAUUUCAUUGGUUCAUUCAGUAUUAAGUUCGGCGUCACGCCAGAAAUAUCUCCACAACAUAAGCUCUCGCCAAAAUGGGCUGCCCGAUACUUGCACUCUUACUGAUAACGCUGGGUGUGGUCACCUGCAACGACCUCAAUUACCUAUUUUCGGACACAAGCCUUCCAGCGCCCUCGCUAAGGCCAACGCUCGCGAACGGAAAUCUCGGUUUCGUCGCGUACGGAGACUCCGUCCACAUGAACGGUGUCUUCAACGGCGUUGGACCACUGAGUCACCGUGCCCGAAUUCCGAACUUUGCCAACGUACAGCUGCAAGCAUGCGCGGAUAGCUUCCUGGUAACUACCGGGUGCACCUACCAGCUGGACAUGCAAAAGGGCAUGUUCCGAACGAUUUACAACGAUCCAGCGGGCGAAUACUACGUGAUCCACGACGUAUAUCCCAGCCGCUACCUGCACAAGACGAUCGUCAACCGGGUCCGGAUUCAACGGCUAAGCUCGCAAUCUGUGAUUCAAGUGCCGAUUGCGCGGAUGACUACCGGCAGCAGUUCGGAUAUUACGUUCGGUGAUCCGAAGCGCCGCGAUAUCAAUGGUGUAGCGUACAAUGUGCUUACUGGCAAAACGAAUCACCUAGAGGAUGACAGAUACCAAAGCUCUGGGCAUGAUAUUUGUAUCAUUUAUCCUGAAUUGCCUUCGCUACUGAUCCUGAACCUUGACAAAACGGCCGAAGAGUUUUCGUUCUACACUUCAUUUACGAACGUUGAACUUGAGGGAAUAUCCGAAAUCACCAGCUCAACUCUGGAAAAGACCCAGCACGAGGUUCGUAUGCUGGAAAUGUGGGAGAAGUACGGAAUUACCGUGGACGGGAACGCUGGGUUGGAUAGGGUGUUGAAAGCCAGUGCAUUCUACUUAUCCAGCUCGCUGUUGUCAUACAUGAACGUACGAACUAGUGGUUACCCGUUUUAUGGAAUGUCCCCGUCCGGAUUGGGACACGGUGGAACUGAGUCCUCUAACUACAAAGGACAUAGUCUCUGGGAUACGGAGAAGUGGAUGUUCCCUACAGUCUUAUUGGUAGAUCCCAAUAACGCGAGACAAAUUCUGCACUACAGAUCGUUCGUAAGCAAAGCCGCCGCCGAUCGUGCUAAUGACAAUGAGUUCGAAGGAUGGCAAUUCCCGUGGGAAUCGGCAUUUACCGGAGCGGAAGUAACUCCGAAGGAUCGUGAGAACUUUUCUCAAUACCAACAUCAUAUCACGGCGGACAUUGCGUACGCCGCGAGGAUGUACUUUUACGCAACGCACAAUAUGAACUGGAUGCAGAGCGAAGGCUGUCGACUCGCGUACGAGACGGCCAAAUUCUGGAAAAGCCGAGCCGAGUACAACGAGGAAACGGACUUGUACGAGAUUCAUCGUGUCGGCGGACCGGAUGAGAGCUCUUACAACGUCAGCAACAAUGCUUUCACCAAUGUGGUAGCGGCCCAUAAUCUACUGUUUGGAGAGUUUGCCGGGUGUUUGUGCAAGCAAACCAUUGAUUCGAGUGCCGCUGAACGCCAAAAGAUGGCUGAAAUUGGUCUAGGCAUGACCCUGUCCUAUGACGAAGAACAAAAUUUUACUCCACAACAUGAUGGAUACGUUAAAGGAACUACCAUCAGCCAAGCUGACACGAUUCUGCUUGGAUACCCACUGGAAUAUCAUUCAUUCGACAAAUCUACAAAAUCUCAAAAUCUGGAAGCUUACACCCAUGUAACUCGCGAAGACUGCCCUUCCAUGACGUGGGCGAUGUACGCGAUCAAUCACCUGGAUGUGGACCAAGUCGAGCAGGCGAACGCAAUGUUCGCCAAGAGCUACCAGCCGUACCUGCAACCUCCGUACAACGUUUGGACCGUCGACGGCCAAGAAAACUUCCUCAGCGGAGCCGGAGCAUUCCUGCAAGCCGUCGUCAACGGAUACGCUGGAGUGCGAGUUCGUCAAGACAUGUUGACAAUAACGAAGCCACGAGUUUUACCGAAUACCAACCGGCUUUUCAUCCCCCAAAUCAACUACAUGACUUCAAAGUUCAGCCUGGAAAUCACACUGAAUGGAGCGAUGAUUGAGUUCACGAUGGGAAAUCUUCCUCUCACGGUUAUUGCUGACGGCGUUCAGCAAGAGCCAUGUGCUUCCUGCUCAUACUCCUUCAAGAAUCAGCUGGUUCUACAACCAGCAAGCUCACCAGAUCUCAACGGAUGCACCCUGCGUGAAACGAUCAUCGGAAUCAAGGUAGCUGACCAGGGUGACGGAGCGCUCGCGACCGGUGCAAACAUUUUCGUACUAGCCGUCGCCUCAAUUCUGACACUGUUGUUCCAGCGGGGUUAAAGUCGCGUGACGAAACAACAAGAGCGGAAACUGACUCAUAUCUAAUCAAUAAAAUUUUCGCGGGCUAUCUAAUCUCGAGCGGCCCAAAAACUCAA